UUAAAAGGUAUGCUCUAAGUUAGGCACUAACAUUAUCCAAUAACUAACGAGAAAUCGGCCAAAAAAACACUGAACUUUGCGGGAAUUGCCAAAAGAAACCUGUACUCGAACCUGACCAACAAAACCCUGAUCUUUUGUUGACUUUUUUAGUUAAUUCACAAACUUACGGUUGACUAACCAAAUUAACACACCGUUAACGGACAGUUAAGACAGUGUUAACUCACCGUUAAUUACUGCCGUUUAGUGAAACUACGUCGUUUCAUUCAGUUGUUUUGUUAAACACAAAAUCUCAAGACGACGUCGUUUUGCUUAAUUAAAAUUGUUGUUGCCUGGACUCGAACCCGUGCACUCGUGGUCGUAAGGGGGUAUUGCCACUGAGCUAGUGGACUUUUCGGAAGGCUAUCACACAUGUUUAUUUUUAUUGAUCAAAAGAUGUGUUUGAUUGCAAUCAAACAAAAUGAAACCCGUGUUUGAACGUAACCCUAAUUUCUCAAAUCGAUUUGGGGAUUUCUCUUGUAGAGAUGGUAAAGACGAAGUUCACAAGGAAUGGAAGGGAGGUAAUGAUUUUCGGAGCGAUGAGGAAUUUCGAUUACGGGAGUGACGAAGCGGUUCAAGAGUCGAAGAAGGGUGGAGAACGCGAUGCUUCUGUGAGUUUGCCAUCGCUGGAGAGAUCGAGUAUUCGUAAAAGUGUUGAAGGGAUAUCGAUGUUGGCAUCUACAGAGGUGUCGAAGGCGUCGAAGACUAGGCGGGGAACUUCAUAUGGGUCGCCUGCGUCAUCUCCGGAGAAGACCACGAGGAGGGGAACUUCAUAUGGGUCGCCUGCGUCAUCUCCGGUGAAGGCCACGAGGCGUGGUUCAACUCUGUCUCCUAGAGUUUCGAAGAAGCAGAAGGUAAAUGUGGCUCCUUCUGGUGAUGACAGAGAAGAAUGGCCAGAGACUGAGAUGUUGGCAUCAACAGUUGCGAAGAAGACAAGGCGGGGAACUUCAUCUGGCGGGUCGCCUGUGUCUCCUAGACAAUCGAAGAAGCAGAAGGUAAACUCGGAGAGGAGUCUAGGUGAUGAUGGUGAUGACAGAGAAGAAUUUCUCCAGAUUGAGGAAUUUGGGGAUAUAGGUGAUGAUGGUAGGGAAGAUGAGAACGGUAUUGCUGGCAUUGAGGAAGUUGGUUGUACAGAUUUGAGUCUUUAUUUUGGUGAUAAAGCAAAAAAUGAUGACUGUGAGGUUGAUGAAGACGAAGGCGAUGAUGAUGCAUGGGAUGAUGAUAAAAUCCCUGAUCCUCUGUCAUCAGAUGAUGAGAAUGAAGAGGAGAUGAGACUUGCGCAAGCUUACAGAGAAGACACUGAUCCAGAGGAGCUCCUUCAGCUAGGCAAGACAUUUUCAGAUGCUGAGGACUUCAAACAUGCUUGUCUGAGGUAUACCCUGAAAACCAGAUACAACAUCAAGUACUACAGAUCCAGUAGCUUGAAGAUGGGUGCAAAAUGUGCCGCUGAGAUGAGAGAUGAUGAGGCUCCUUGUCCCUGGAUGGUCUACUGUUCGUAUGAUAGGAGGAAACAGAAGUUGAUGGUAAAGACAUACGUCAAUGACCAUAAGUGUGAGAGGACAGGGUAUUCGAAGAUACUUAAGAGGUCAGCAAUUGCAAGUCUAUUUGCUGAGAGGUUAAGGCUGAAUCCUAAGCUCACGGCAAAGGAGACACAGGCUGAGAUAUUGAGGGAGUAUAAGAUGGAAGUUUUAGAAAACUCAUGCAUUAAGGCCAAGACGAAGGUGAUGAAAGAAAGGAGGAAGACCCAUGAGGAGCAUUUUGAUAAAAUUUGGGAUUACCAAGCAGAGAUAUUGAGGAGCAAUCCUGGAUCAACCAUGGAAAUUGAGACCAUACCAGGAGCCACGGUUGGAACCAAGCAGCGGUUCUACAGACUCUACAUGUGUUUCCAAGCACAAAAGGAAGCAUGGAAGAAGACUUGUAGGCCUGUUAUUGGCUUAGAUGGAGCCUUUUUGAAAUGGGACAUCAAGGGACAGUUGUUGGCUGCGGUUGGAAGAGAUGGAGACAAUAGGAUUGUCCCUAUUGCUUGGGCUGUAGUGGAGAUAGAGAAUGAUACAAACUGGGAUUGGUUUGUGAAGCGUUUGGCCUUGGAUUUGGGAUUGGAAAAUGGGAACGGCUUUGUUAUAAUGUCUGACAAACAAAAGGGAUUAGUGAAAGCAGUUCAUACCCUCCUUCCAGAAGCUGAGCAUAGACAGUGUUGUCGCCAUAUUUACGAGAACUGGAGGAAAGGUGGAAAAGAUCUAAGGUUACAGAGGUUCUUCUGGUUCAUUGCAAGGAGCUACACUCCUGGUAUGUUCAACUACAACAUGGACGAGCUUAAGAACUAUGAUCCUGGGGCACAUGCAUCUCUGAUAAAGACAAAGCCAGAGACUUGGUCUAGAGCUUUCUUCAAGAUAGGCUCCUACUGCAAUGAUAAUCUGAACAACUUGUGUGAGUCCUUCAACAAGACCAUCAGGGAGCCUAGGAAGAAACCUCUGCUAGACAUGUUAGAGGAGAUAAGGCGUCAAUGUAUGACUAGGAACUACAAUAGGUCUAAGAUGGCUAAUGACAGGAAGACUAGGUUCACCCCGAAGACACAUAAUGAGUUAGACAAGGUUGAGAAGAAGUCAAAAGAAUGUAGUCUGCGUUGGGCAAUUGGGCCAGAGACUGAGGUGGAAGAUAGAGACCAGUCAUAUGUGGUGAAUUUGGAGAAUGAGACUUGUGCAUGUCGAAGCUGGCAAAUGAAUGGUAUUCCAUGCAUCCAUGCUGCUAAGGUCAUCCUUGGCGUGGGAAGAAAACUCUCUGAAUUUGUUGCUCCUUUCUACACAACCUCUAAGUGGCGUGAAACCUACAGUUUUGGGAUCAGACCUGUAAAUGGGAUGAUAGAGUGGCCUCGGACCAAUAGAUUAGGUGUGAUUCCACCACCUAAUCGAAAUGGCAAGCCUGGUAGGCCUAAAAACCAUGAUCGAAAGAAGGGAACCAAUGAGACAGUGUCUACUACCAAGCUGAGUCGUGCGAACAGGGUAAUGACAUGCUCUAAUUGCAAAGAAGAAGGGCACUACAAGAAUACAUGUCGGAAGGCUUUUGUUGAGAGCCCACCUAAGAAACCAAGAGGCAGACCAAGGAAACCACCGCAAAGUUCAGUGUUUUUUUGGCCGAUUUCUCAAUAACUAACAUAUUGGCACAA